AUGGAAGACAAUAUUUGGAAGACAAUAUUUGUCACAGCUUUAUGGCACUUGUGGUUAAGAAGAAACCUUGUGAUUUUCGAGCAAAAGACUAUUUCUCCUUUAUCAUUAUUUACCAGGGCAGCUCUUCUACAGCUGUUCAAAUUUCGGAUACUAAAUGGAAAGCUCCCAAGGAAGGCUGUUUCUUCUAGAGGUGGAGUUAUCAGGCGCUCUGAUGGAACUUGGUAUGUUGGUUUUUCAUGCAAAUAUGAGGCUGUCUCUCCCCUGGCUGCUGAGCUCUAUGCCUUGAAUGAUGGGUUGUCAAUUGCUGAGGACAUGAAAUUGAAGAAGAAGUUCGAGGUGGUUGUCUUAACUCAUAUUCUUAGGGAAAGGAAUGAGCUUGCACAUCGUCUAGCUGUGUUGGGCAAAGAUAUGGCAGUAGGGUAUAAGACCCAUUUCAUGGUGCCUGAGUAUGUCAGGAACAUCUACGAGGCUGACUUGGAGGGGGUUCGAGCUGCUGCUGAUAAUCACUAG